AUGCUUGUGAUCACAGAAGUUGGAGCUGAAGCGAACACCGUCUUUCGACUUCGAUUCGGGCUCAUUUCCUGGUACGGUCCCUGUGUACCUUGUGACAUGUACCGCGAUCGAUUGUUGUGGUUGCUCUACAGGGUUGUGGUUUGGGUUUUAGAUAUUGGUGGGCUGUUGGUGGUCACUCUCCUCUGCUCACCCAGCCAAACUCUUGACUUGAUGACGACGACCCAAUGGGCUAUUGCAGCAUCCACAACUUCGGACAGGUCGCUGGCCGGCAGUCCUGGGACCUCGACUACUUUUCGCGCAGGCAGCUGA